GGGGGGGGACUGAUUUUUUUUCUUCGCUCUCCAGAUCAAUUUUCUGCAUUUAUUUUAUUGUUUUGGACAUAAUUGCGCGCCGUGGCUUGGCCGGUGCUUCUCGUUUCCUUGCUGGAUUUUCACAUUUUUUUCCCUUUUCCGUCCCUCUUUGGCCACUAUGGAAUUCUAAUUUAAAUCAUGUUUGGAUUGAAGCCGCCUCUGUAUUACUUACCAGGGUCCUCACUGAGCAGUGAGUCAUCCCCAGUGUCCUCUCCUGCCACCAACCACAGCUCCCCUGCGAGCACGCCCAAGCGCGUGCCCAUGGGCCCCAUCAUUGUCCCACCAGGGGGCCAUAGCGUCCCCAGCACGCCCCCCGUGGUGACCAUUGCCCCCACCAAGACUGUCAAUGGCGUCUGGAGAAGCGAGAGCCGGCAGGAUGCCAGCUCGAGGGGCGGCAGCAGCAGCCGGGAGCGCCUCAUUGUGGAGCCCCCACUGCCCCAGGAGAAGGCGGGCGGCCCGGCCAUCCCCUCCCACCUUCUUAGCACCCCCUACCCCUUUGGGAUCUCCCCCAGCUCAGUCGUGCAGGACUCCCGCUUUCCGCCACUCAACCUGCAGAGGCCUGUGCACCAUGUGGUGCCACCCAGCACGGUGACCGAGGACUACCUGAGGAGUUUCCGGCCCUACCACACUGCCGAGGACCUCCGAAUGUCCUCCCUGCCUCCGCUCGGCCUGGACCCUGCCACUGCCGCGGCCUACUACCAUCCCAGCUACCUGGCCCCGCACCCCUUCCCACACCCAGCCUUCAGGAUGGACGACUCCUACUGCCUGUCAGCUCUGAGGUCCCCCUUCUACCCCCUGCCCACACCUGGCUCCCUGCCUCCGCUGCACCCCUCGGCGAUGCACCUGCACUUGUCUGGGGUCCGCUACCCGCCCGAGCUCGCCCACUCAUCCCUGGCUGCGCUGCACUCCGACCGGCUAUCCAGCCUCAGCACGGAGAGGCUGCAGAUGGAUGAGGAGCUGCGGCGGGAGCGAGAGCGAGAGCGAGAGCGGGAGGCUGACCGGGAGCGGGAGAAGGAGCGUGAGCGUGAGAAGGAGCGAGAACGCGAGAAGGAGCUGGAGCGCGAGAAGGAGCGGGAGCUAGAGCGCCAGCGGGAGCAGCGGGCCCGCGAGAAGGAACUGCUGGCUGCCAAGGCACUGGAGCCCACCUUCCUGCCCGCAGCCGAGCUGCAUGUGCUGCGGGGACUUGCUACGGAUGAGCGGGCCAAGCCCUCGGAGCAGCUGACCCCGACUCGCACAGAGAAGCUCAAGGAGGCGGGACUGCAGGCGCCCAAACCUGUGCCACACCCGUUGCACCCGGCGCCUGCUCCACACCCCAGUGCACCCAGCCUCAUCUCCAGCCACAGCGUCUUCCAGGCGCUGCCUGGCAGCAGUGCAGCUGCAGCACUGCUCAUCCAGCGCACCAACGAGGAGGAGAAGUGGCUGGCGCGGCAGCGGCGGCUACGGCAGGAGAAGGAGGACCGGCAGUCACAGGUGUCCGAGUUCCGGCAGCAGGUGCUGGAGCAGCACCUGGACAUGGGCCGCCCCCCGAUGCCAGCGGAGGUAGAGCACCGGCCCGAGAGUGCCAGGCCGGGGCCAAACCGUCAUGAGCCAGGCAGCCGAGACCCCCCGCAGCAUUUUGGCGGGCCCCCACCCCUCAUCUCACCUAAGCCUCAGCACCACACAGUGCCCACGGCCCUCUGGAACCCCGUGUCCCUGAUGGACAACGCUCUGGAGCCCCGGCGGGCCCCUGACAGCCACUCUCUGCACAGCCACCCAGGCCCGUUCGAGCCCAGCCGCCAGGCUGCUGUACCGCUGGUGAAGGUAGAGCGGGUGUACUGCCCGGAAAAGGCUGAGGAGGGGCCCCGGAAGCGUGAGGCUGCCUCCCUGGACAAGUUCCAGCUGCCGCCGCGGGAGGCGGGGAGCCUGGAACACCCAGCCUUCCCCCAUGGGCCUGGGCCCUUCCUCACUGAACUCGAGAAGUCUACUCAGACCCUCCUGGGCCAGCAGCGGGCCUCCUUCAGCCAAGCUGCCCCCUUUGGGGAGCUGGGCGGGCGGCCCCCAGCACAGCGAGGCCCCGACCCGGCCUACAUCUAUGAUGAGUUCCUGCAGCAGCGCCGCAGGCUGGUCAGCAAGCUGGACCUGGAGGAGCGUAGGCGGCGCGAGGCCCAGGAGAAAGGGUACUACUACGACCUGGACGACUCAUACGACGAGAGCGACGAGGAGGAGGUCAGGGCCCACCUGCGCUGCGUGGCUGAGCAGCCGCCGCUGAAGCUGGACACGUCCUCCGAGAAGCUAGAGUUUUUGCAACUUUUUGGCUUGACCACCCAACAGCAGAAGGAGGAGCUGCUGACGCAGAAGCGGCGGAAGCGGCGGCGGAUGCUGCGGGAGAGGAGCCCAUCGCCCCCAAUGGUCCAGAGCAAGCGGCAGACCCCCUCCCCACGCCUGGCGCUGUCCACCCGCUAUAGCCCUGAUGAGAUGAACAGCAGCCCCAACUUUGAAGAGAAGAAGAAGUUCCUGACUAUCUUCAACCUGACGCACAUCAGUGCCGAGAGGAGGAAAGACACAGAGAGGCUUGUUGAAAUGCUCCGUGCCAUGAAGCAGAAGACACUGUCGGCCGCAGUGGCGGGUGCACUGACGCAUGCUCCGAGGGACAGUCUUGCUGCCUCCCUGAGCGAACCAGCCACGCAGCAGGCCUCCCUGGAAACAGAUAAGCCCGUCGGCAUCGCUGCAUCCCUGUCUGACGUCCCAAAGGCUGUGGAGCCCGGGAGACUUGAUCCGCUCCAGUCCCAGGAGCCGGCUCCUGCCUGCAGUGAGAAGGCCAGACUGGGCGAGGCACCUGGGAGCAAGAAGGGCCUAAGCUUGCUGCACUGCAUUCGGGGCCCUGCGCCCAAGGACAUCCCCGUGCCACUGUCGCACAGCAUCAAUGGCAAGAGCAAGCCCUGGGAGCCUUUUUUGGCUGAGGAGUUCGCACACCAGUUCCACGAGUCGGUGCUGCAGUCCACCCAGAAGGCCCUGCAGAAGCACAAAGGGCACGCGGCUGUGCUGUCGGCAGAGCAGAACCACAAGGUGGACACAUCUGUCCACUACAACAUUCCCGAGCUGCAGUCCUCCAGCCGGCUCCCCCGACCCCAGCACAAUGGCCAGCAGGAGCCCCCACCAGGGAGGAAGGGCCCCAUCACCCAGGAGAUGGACCAGGACUCGGAGGAUGAUGAUGACGAGGAAGAUGGAGAAGAGGAAGACGAGGAAGCCCCCAGACGGAAGUGGCAGGGGAUUGAGGCCAUUUUUGAAGCUUACCAGGAACAUAUAGAAGAGCAAAAUCUGGAGCGGCACGUGCUGCAGACACAGUGCCGGCGGCUGGAGGCCCAGCACUAUAGCCUCAGCCUGACGGCGGAGCAGCUCUCCCAUAGCAUGGUGGAGUUAAGGAGCCAGAAACAGAAGAUUGUUUCAGAAAGGGAACGACUCCAGGCAGAACUGGACCACUUACGGAAGUGCCUUGCGUUGCCUGCGAUGCACUGGCCUAGGGGUUACUUUAAGGGAUAUCCUAGGUGACAGUUUCCCUUGCACUAGGCCGAACCUAUAGUAUAGAAAUAAUAUCUAUUUUAUUACCUUGAAUAUUUAAUAUUUUUCACUGGGAGGUUUGAAGCUUAAUGAGAAUGUGCCAUGCAUGAAGGAAAGGAUUUCCAGACUCCAGAAAAAAAGAGCUCACCUGACUUCCAUGCAACUGAAUCACCUUGGUAAUUCAGCACGCAGCCAAUGUAGGAAGCCCAUAGGUUUUUUUCCUUAAAGGCGGUUUUAUUCUUCCCCCACAUCAUUUUUAAUCUGAAAGUGAAGGCUCCAUUACCAACACUAAAAGCUUACCACUUACAGGCCCCGGGUGUAUGUGAUUGGGCAACACCAGUGGUGUUCCUUGUGUCACUCUGCCUAAAGAACCGGGUUUGCUCUUGCUGUUAUGAGGGGCUAGGUCACAUUGCUCCUGCUGAAAAGAAGGUUGGGUGCGUUGUAAGUAAAGGGCUUAUUUGUUUCAGUUACUUUUCUGCAAAAUUUUCUUGCAAGCACGAGAUCUAGGAGCACACAAAUCAACAGUACUUACAGACUCACCCAAAGGCUGUGCACUGGAAAAGCUCUGCCCUAAAAGUAAAGGAAGCGACAGACUGAAGGUACCUUUUUGUUACUCCGUGGGGGGAAAUGUACAGAGCUCUAUAUAUACAUAUAUCCACACCCACCAAAUUGUUGCUGCCGUGGGUGAGGUUUUCAUACAAACGUAAAGUUUUGAAAGAAAAGUCAAAGGUGCUUCGGCCUUGUACUGUGUAUAUAUAUUAAAAACAAAGUUUUGUAUGUUUUUAUUACUUUAAUUAUUGUUAUAAAAAGCCUGCCAUUUUUAAUAUGUGGUUUGGGGA